UCAUCAUUUUAAUCAAGCAGUGAAAUUAUUAAGUAAUAAUGAUGUUCGCGUAAAUUACACCGGAAAUGUUCGAUAUUAUUUGCCUUAUUCAACAGAAUCAUUAUGCAAAUUGGAUGUUAAAUUUUUUCCUUUCGAUAUUCAACAAUGUACGCUAUUAUUUGGUUCUUGGGCCCAUUCGAAUGAUUCCAUUAAAUAUGCCUUAUAUUCCAGUAAUCUUAGUUUGAUUGAUUUCUACGAUAAUCAAGAAUGGCAACUUGAUUCGAGUCAUAGUAAUAUCGCAUCGGAUAGUUUCCUCUAUGAUUAUUUGGAUCCACCAUUAUUUUGGGAAAUGAUUAUUAUGGAUCUCGUAUUAAUUCGACAAAGCUUUUACUAUGUUUUUAAUUUAGUUAUACCAAGUACAAUUAUAACAUUAGUAGCUGUUAUUGGAUUUCAUACACCAAGUACAAGUGGUAAAUUAAGGGAUGCAAAAUUUCGUCUUGGUAUAAUGACAUUAAUGAGUAUGAGUGUUAUAUUACUUGCAAUUGUUGAAGAUAUGCCAAAAUUUAGUAUGUCAAGUUCACGUAAAGGACGUGGUUCAUUUUCCGGUAUUCCAUUAAUUGGUUUAUAUUAUUUUAUUUUAUUGGCAAUAAUUGGUUCAUCAACAGUUACAACAUCAAUGUUUGUCUUUUUGGAAAAAGAUUUAAGAAGUAAUAAUCAUAUUCCAUGGUAUUUACAUUGGCUUUCAUUCGAUAUUAAUAUUGGACUUUUACGUUCCAUUCCUUCCAAUAAUAUCAAUAAACAACCCGCCAUACGUAAUGAUUCAGCAAGGCUAUCCUCAACUAUAACCAGGGAACGAUUUGCUAUUACACCCAAUUUCAUGGCAAAUUAUGAUGAUAUUGAACAGACAUGCAAUCAAUCGUGGCAAUAUUUGAUUGAUACGAUACGAAAUAUCGAAACAUCCGUCAAUGAAAUACGUGGAGAAAUGAUGAAUCUUGUGCCACAAGACAAUUUGCAAAGCAGAUGGCAACGAGUGAUUCGACGUCUUGAAAUUAUUUCACUAUCAUUUUAUGUUUUAUUGAUUGCUGUAACCGUAUUUCUUUUCUUUUAUCAUGACUGGUACUGCGCCAUUGGACAUAGUCCAUGCGGUCAAGCUAACCUCAAAUGCCCAUGGAUGAAAACUAAUCCAACACAACACACAUGUUUUUAA